UGAACUUUCGACAUCUAUCAGUGCUUUGCUAUUUCUAUGGCGUAUACAAAACUACACUUUAUCAUAACGCUUUUUUCAUGUUCGAGUGCAAUGUACUGCAUAGAAAAAGAGCUGGGUUACAAAUGUUGUGCAAAUUACUACUGGGAUUUGGCAGAAGGAAACUGUACUGAAUGUAUGCCAGGAUUCUUUGGCCUUAACUGUUCCUCUGAAUGUACAGAUGGCUUUUAUGGACUGUGGUGCUUGAGCAAAUGCCCUGAAUACUGCAAAUCCUGUAAUAAAGUCAAUGGAACUUGCGAUGAAGUAAAUACCAUAAACUUGGAAGAUCUAACCAGGAUUUCUUCAAACAGAAGAAUGGUAACACUACCAACAGUAUCAAAGCAGUCGAAAAGGAACACCAAGACUUUUUCAAUCAAUGGAAUGUUGACAUCACCAGCAACAUUUAAGCAGUCGCAAAGGGGGUCAUUGCUAUUUGUUAUCAUUUCUAUUGGAUCAACUAUAGUUCUUGUAUUACUUGUGGUUCUGAUAAGAAAUAUCUACACAAUAAGCACACUUCAACCUAAACAGACAAUUCUACUUCAGAUUCAGGAUCCAGAGUCUGAGGCAGCACAGAACACAGUAAACCCGGCUUUUGAUCCUAUCUAUGAAAACUAA